AUCAGUAUGGUCAGUGUGGUCAUCUUCUACGAGGACAGGAACUUCAUGGGCCGCUCCUAUGAGUGCAGCAGCGACUGUUCCGAUAUGUCCUCCUACCUGAGCCGCUGCCACUCCUGCAGGGUGGAGAGCGGCUGCUGGAUGGUCUACGACCGCCCCAACUACAUGGGAAGACAGUAUUUCAUGAGGAGGGGCGAGUACGCCGACUGCAUGGGCAUGCUGGGAAUGACCGACUGGAUCAGGUCUUGCCGCAUGAUCCCCAUGUACAGGGGAUCCUACCGCAUGAGGAUGUAUGAGAGGGAGAACUUCAUGGGCCAGAUGAUGGAGGUGACCGAGGACUGCGAGUCCAUCAUGGACCGCUACCACUGGUCCGGCGGCUGCCAGUCUUGCCACGUGAUGGACGGCCACUGGCUCAUGUACGAGCAGCCCCACUACAGAGGCAGGAUGUGGUACUUCAGGCCCGGAGAGUACAGGAACUUCAGGGAGGUGAUGGGAAUGAGCGGCAUGAGGUUCAUGAGCAUGAGGCGCAUCAUGGAUUCCUGGUAUUAA